ACUGAAAGAACCUCAAACGUCUCCGACCACAGCCACACGCAUCAAAUCAAACCCGCCACUCCCACACACAUCCAUGGCUUCUUUCGUCAUGCUCCGCUUCCCACCCCAUCUCUCAAACUCUCUAGCUUUCUCCUCUCGCCCUCCUCUCUUCUCUCUCUUCAAAACCCGCAGUAAUACCUUCUCCGCCGCCAAUUCAAGAACCACUAGCUGCAGACCGUUAGUAGUUACAGUCUCAGCCUCAUCUGGUGCGCUUCAAGCUCUGAUAUUCGACUGCGACGGCGUUAUAUUGGAGUCCGAGCAUCUCCACCGUCAAGCCUACAACGAUGCCUUUGCACAUUUCAAUGUUCGCUGCCCAUCUUCAUCUUCCUCUCAGCCGCUCAAUUGGAGCCUGGAAUUUUAUGAUGAGCUGCAGAAUCUGAUUGGCGGCGGAAAACCCAAAAUGCGAUGGUACUUUAAGGAGCAUGGUUGGCCGACUUCUACAGUUUUAGGUACUUCUCCGGAGAGUGAUGAAGAUAGAGCGAAGCUGAUUGACAUUCUUCAGGACUGGAAGACAGAGAGAUACAAAGAAAUAAUCAAAUCUGGAACAGUUGAACCUAGACCUGGAGUUUUGAGAUUGAUGGAUGAGGCAAAAGCUUCUGGCAAAUUGCUUGCUGUUUGCUCUGCUGCAACCAAAAGUUCAGUUAUCCUGUGUUUGGAAAAUCUCAUUGGAAUGGAGCGCUUCCAAGGUCUUGAUUGCUUCCUUGCAGGAGAUGAUGUUAAGGAGAAGAAGCCUGAUCCCUCGAUUUAUUUGACUGCUGCCAAGAAAUUGGGCGUGUCAGAGAAGGAUUGCUUGGUUGUAGAAGAUAGUGUCAUUGGAUUGCAGCACACCAUCCACCGCUAACCAGGAUUUCUCAGAUGCCAUAGCAAUCUACCCCGACUUGAGCAAUGUCAGAUUGACAGACUUAGAGGCAUUGCUUAAAGAUGCCGUUGCUGCAAGCUAAAACGUUUGGAACUUCAUGCAGAAUUCACAGAGAUGAUAUUGCUAACUGGAUCAAGCCUGAUCCGAUUGUAUGUGGAACGGAAUAUCUUCGCAUUACUGCUGUUUGAGCUGCUGAAAUGAUUCAGAGAGAAGGUAUUAUUCUUCUGUAUUCUACUGAAAUCAAAAGUUUCUUUUGUUCUUAAAAGAAUCGGUUACAAUUACACCAUAAAUUUCAAUAUUGACAAUUGUUUCAAUCAACAUAUCAAUUAUCAUCA